UGAAGGCUAAGAACUGUAUAUGUUUACGAGCAAUGUGAUGCAUUGAAUACAUGCAUCAUUAAGAUGAAUAUCUAUUUAUGUUUACAACAUUGAAUGAUAGUUGCGCCGACAGUAGCAGGUGCACGUUAUGAACAUGUUUCUACCUGAAAUAUGUACACACGCCUGUCAACACAUUCAUAGCACCGAGCGUCAGUGACCUGAGCUAAGUAGUAAAACCAUUUACAAAGGGAUCAGUGACACGAAGGGAUAGUGUACCAUGUGGUUGGAGGAAUGUUGCGUGCUAGAGCAAGAACUUGGUCAAUUUGUCAACAAAGCCUAACUUCAGUCUUGAUCCUUAGACUCUCAGGUCUACGUUUUCUUUCGGUGAUAAGGGUGUGGGAAGGCUAAUUUUUCGUACACUUGUUGACGAUGGACAGUGAUCAGUGCUGAGAUUCCGUAAAUCUAAGCUAUUGAAUGGCGCUUGGUUGGCAGACGCUCAAGGACUAAGAAUGUCAGCACAGGGAGACUACUAGAGGCUGCAGGAUGAGCAAUCUGAGUCUCAUGAACCCUGGGACGAGCCUCAACUUUGACGGGGCGGCCUUACAGAACCAGGAGGAGGCGGAAUACAGGAAGGAGGAGGAGCAACAGCAGCAUGAGCUACGGCAAUUACUGACAAAUGCAUUUGAUGACCUCCUGGACGAUGACAUCUUGUCUGUGACGUCGGAUGACUCUGUCAACGUCAGCGGAUGCCAGGACCUGUCAGAAAGUGGAAGAACCCCAAGGAGAAAGAGGGCCAGUGGUAGAAUCCCGACAGCCAAGGUCAGCAGUCAGGAGUGGGGGUACCCGGUACCUCUAGCCAAUGGCAGAGCUGAGACCAUGUCACAUGACGUAGGCUACAGCCUGCCACAUGGAGAAGCACCAAAUUUCGGAGGCACAUACAACCUUUCUUCCCAAGCUCCAGCACAGGAGUACCGAACUACCGACUACAACACCAACACCGAAGGUGUGACUGAUUACAAAGGUCAAGGGUACCUGCAGUGGGGUGGCAGUGUGGAAAACCUUGACCCUAGCAGAGGUCAUAUUGAGGUCACAGACCCUGCUCAGAUGCACGAGCACAUGCCAGGGUUUCAUUACCAUCAGCCUUGCUUUGAUAAUGAGGCCGAGAGGAUGGAUUCGAUGGAGAAUCGUAUAAUUGUUGGAGUUGAACGAGGCGAAACCGAAGGAGGAAAUGAACAUUUGAGAGCAGAAGCCCAAAAACAGCUCUGGAGUCAGAAUUAUAACCAGCAUUUCAGAGACCUCUACAGGGAAGAUGACAUUCCAGGGGGAGACAACUCUCAUGAACAAUUUCAAACUGGGGCCAGUACUUUCGCUAAUACUCACCGACAUCUUGAUAGUGAGAUUCAGAUUAACUUUGCAAAUGGACACACCCUUCCUGACAAAGCCUACGGCUUUGGACCUCAGUCAGGUCAGUUUUCGUUGAAACCAGAAUCACAGCCAAUGGAACUUAAUUACAACCAAACCUACCAUAGCUCUCUCCCUACAAAUAUUAAUGAGGGUAUGGUAAGACACAUGACCCAUCGACAAGAUUUAGGGGCCCCUCUUCAAGGGCCCCCGUCACCACGGAAACAGGAUUACCCUGAAUCCUACAAGGUUCAAUACAAAGCUCCCCAGCCUGAGCAACCAAUUUCUUCAACCAAUCAGAUGCUGCCAGAACCUGAAUCAACCAAUCAGGAGGGUGCAGGGAAUCAAAUAGAUUUCCUACAACAAGAUGGUGGAGAGGAUGAGAGACAGGCAGGGCAGCUGCAGAUCCUGUACAAGGCUCGAGGUCGGCAGCUGGAGGACCUCCGCAGGGACCUCGACACUCUCAAGCAGGAGUCGGGCAGGGAGAACCGCAUCCUCAAACACCAGCUGUCUCUGGCACAAGGUGAGAAAGAGGGCGUGGCAUCCAGCUACCGCCAGUGUCAGGAGCUGCUGCAGGAGACGAAGGAUGACAACGCCCAGCUGCUGGGUAAACUACAGGCUGUGGAGGCACAAGUGGAGAGCCUCAACACAAUCAGAGACGAGUAUGUGAAGAAACUGCAGACGUCCGAGACGACCAUUGAGAACCUGACCCACGAGCUGUCGAACCUGCAGCAGUCGGACAGUCUAGCCCGGGCCCGCAACCAGCACGAGGCGGUCGUCAGCAGCAUGCAGCAGAAGUUUGACACGGAAGUCCUGGACCUCAAGGAAAAACUGGACAUCGCCAAUGAGACCAUUAACCAAAAGAACAUCGACAUCUCCUGUCUGCGUCAACAAGUGAGUCAACUCACCCAAGUCAGUGAGAAGUCUCAGAUAUCCCGAGCGGAGACAAUCAACCGGUUGACUCAGAGCCUGGAGGAGAGUCAGAAACGAUGCCAGUCUUUGCUGGAAACAGCCUCGUCUCAGGAGGUGAGCGAGUUGAAGAUAUCACUGAAGCAGAUGACGGCGUCGAAGAAGAUGUCGUCAGAAAUGUGUGACACACUUCAGAGUGAGGUGAAGGAGUUGAAGGAACAGCUGUCCAUGUUCGAGUCAGCCUCCACCCUCGGCAUCUACUCCACCACCCAGACACGCAGUGGCCUCGGUGACGACUCCAUGACCGACCUUGGCAUUCGGAAAACCCUUGAUUUCAGCACCCCAAGGUCACAAGCAAAGUUUGACGGGAGCCAGUCGUCCAGCGAGCUGAUCACCAGCCUGAAGGUGGAGCUGGAGAGAUGCUUGACCAGCAACAGACAGAAGAGGUCACAGGUGAGCAAGGUGCAGGAGGAACUGAGGGAGUACAAGAAGGAGGUCAAGGCUCUCAGGGAAGAUAACUCUCAACUGGAAAAACUCACAGGAGAACAGAAGAUGAAGCUGCAUGACUUUGAGGAGCUGCUGCAGCCAGGCCAGAAGAUGAGUGCCGUGGAAGCGAGGCUGCGUAAAGAUAUUGAGAAUCUGGCCCGGGAGAAGACAGCCAUAUUGGAAGAUAACGAGGAGUUGAAAAAGAGGCUGGAGGAAGUGGGCGCUAAUGAUGAGAGAUUGACGGAGAUCAACCAGGAGCUGACCAAUCAGAUAUCUCGGAUGGUCCGGGACUACGACCAUGACAAGCGAGAUGCCUUGGAGAGGUGUCAGCGGACGUGUGAGCAGGUACACGAGGACGCCCGGGACAUGUUGAGACAGGAGUUGGAGACCAAGUUCAGCAUCGAGAGAGCGCAAAUCGUCACCAAAUAUGAGACGGAAAUAGCGAAGAUCAGGUCGGACCUGAUUGCGGCCCAGCAGGAAUUGGACAAGGUGAAGGACCUGUAUGUGAGGACCAGCGAGGAGAGGACGGAGCUGGAGGACGUCCUCACCAGGCAGUUUCAGGACAAGAGAGAGGAAGAAAUGAAGAUUUUGCGGGAUGAGCUGGAGAGGGAGAAUCAGGAUGAGAUGGAGAGACAGACAGAACAACUGGACGUCAACCGUGGAGAGCUCCGUGCUCAGAUCAUGGACGAGGUCAAGGUCACCCAAGAGGAAGAGAUCAAACAGAGGCUAGAAGCCGAGCUUGCGAAGGCUCGCGUUGAUUGGCUGGGGGAGCAGGACACUGAGCAUGUGCGGCAGGAAGUGAGGCAGGCAGUGAUGAAGGAGAUGGCCCUCAAGCAUGAGGCAGCAAUGGAAGACAUGCUUCAGGAGAAGAUUCACCAAGCAAAAGUUACCUGGAUGGCUGAAAGGAAGAUUCUAUUUGAGUCGGAAAUACAGCAACGUAUGCAGACUGAAAAGGUCACAUGGCAACAGUUAGCCAACCAGAGACUAGAAGAGGCAGUGAACACUGCCAUCGACCAUGCCAAGGCUCAGUGGCUGAAGACAGAAGAUGGCAGUUCCCAAUAUGAGGAUCUGCUAGAAUCUGCCAAGUCCAAAUGGAAAAGUGAAUCAGAGCAGAAGCUUGAAGAAACCGUGACAGCAGCGGUGGAGAAGGCCAAAGAAGACUGGGAGCAAAGUGCUGCUGCACAGCACAAGGAUAUGGUUGAAAAACUAGUGAAAGAAAGACUUACGACAGAGAAAACAUUAUGGCAGGUGGAAGCAGACGCACUGCAUGAGGUGGAUAUAAAACAUGCAGUGGAAAGCGCUCAGCAGAAGUGGAGGACUGAACGAUCUGGAAGAGAAUCGAUGGAUCCAGCUUUUCAGAAUCGCCUUCAGGCUGAAAAACAAAAAUGGCAGCUGGAGGCGGACAGGAAGUUGCAACUGGAGGUCAAUCGGGUCAUGGAGCGUGCUCAGAAGCAGGGUUUGUCUGAAGUGGAGAAGAAGAAUUUAGUGGAGGAAGAGGUGACCAAGAGACUGGAGGUUGAGAGAGAGCGCUGGAGGAAAGAGAUGGAGGCACGGGUGUUGGCAGAGGUGGAGACGACCGUGAAGGCGACGGAGACAGAGUGGCGCCGUCAGGAGGAAGAAGAGAAGAAGAAGAUGAAGGAAGUAUUGGAGGAUGAGAUCGGAGGACGACUUCGUCAGGAGAUGAACCGGGCUGUCGAGGAUGCCAGACAGGAAUGGGAGAAGAAACACCUGUCCCAGCAUGCAACACUUGCAGCCGGCCAAUCAGCAGCAGAGGUCACCAGGUCAAUCUUGGAGCAGGAGGUGGAGACGCUGACGCUGGAGAAGACACGCCUGGUCACUGAGCUGAAGGAGAAGGAGUCUGCCUGGCUCCAGGAGAGGCAGACGCUCAACAGCCAGAAGGAUGCGGAGCGACGCCAGGCCAUGAAGGAGGUGGCGGACCAGUGUGAGAGAGACUACAAGGCAUUCAUGGGGGAACACCAAAACACCCUCACUGAGGCCCUGCGGAACAGCCGGCAGCAGCAGGACCUCAUGGAACAGGAGAAGAGGGAGCUGCAGCAGCGUUAUGAGGAGCUGACAGACCUGAAGUCUCGGGAGCUGCAGACGGGUCAGGGUGACCUGUCCACCAGCAUCACCGUUGAUGGGGACCUGGAGACCUCCAUUUUGGAACAAGAAAGAGAAGUGUGGCAGAAGCAGACGGACAAAUUAAAAAAGUCAAUCCAGAGUCGAGACUCACUUCUGAAGCAAGCAGACGCACAUAUGUCGCAGGAAGUUCAGCGGAUGCACGAGGAGCUGGAAGCUGCAUACCAACAACAGCUGGAGAUGGAGGUACACAAACUACAGGAACGUUACCAGUCCGAAUUUAAUGAUUCUUUACCAACGAGCGAACACGAGAUGGGAAAGAUUCAAGUUCAGAUCCAGAAGAUGGCUGAAAAUUUUGAGAAAGAAAGAGCUUCAUAUAUUCGUAAGAUCGAACACUUGGAAGAUCAACUGGCGGAGAAAUCUCAGCAGCUUAUUGACAUGGAGCAAGAACAGGAACAAGAGAUGAAAGAGGAAUAUCAGAAAGAACUUGACCGUCUGCUGCAAGAAAAACAUAGUUUGAUAGAAAAGAUUGCAUUAAAACAGUCAGAAUUGGAUGAACAAGUGAAAGAAAAUGAUAAAUUACAUGCCUCUGUGAAAAGUAUGGAAUCAGCUUAUAAAAAUGACAUGAAAUCCCAGAAAGAGAAGUUUGAAGAUAUUAAUAAUCGUCUGCAAAAAUCUGAGAAGUCGUUACAGGAAGUGAGAAAAAAGAAUUCUCUGGAAAAAGAGGAGUUAAAAAACGCUCUGAGUGAAAGUGAAGCAGCCAUGGGGAACUUAACGCAGAAAAUGAUGGAACGUCAGAAGACGAACACGAUGGCAGUAGAAGCAAUGAAAAAACAGCACAAGCUGGAGAAGAAGGAGUUGUUGAAGCAGUUGAAGAAACGGAGUGACCGCACGAUGACCAGCACGCCUGUCCAGACAGAAGAAUCUGGAGAUAUGAUGUUGGACCUGAGAUCUCAAUACUUGGACACAGUUGACAAGAUCAGAGAGGACGUUAUGCAGCAUAUUACCCAGACUAACCUGCGAGCUGCUGAUACCGUCCGCACUGGCAUCACCCGUGAGAAGCAGGUCACGGUGACCCAGCUGAAGCGAUUCUACCGAGUCAGCAUCCGUAAGAUUCUACAGAACGAACUCAUAGGGGCGGACCUGGAAGGGAAACUCGCCUCCAUUGAUCAGGCCCUUGAGACUCUGUCCAUCAGUCUAAGCAGUUCAAGGUCAAACACUUCAGACCAAGAGGUCAAGGCCACUGACCUGUCACAGGCCAAGAGUUCAACUUCAUCGGUGUCUCUUGAUGUGUCCAGUGCCAGCAACCUGACGCCUCGCAGUGAAAGUAGCAUCACAAGCACAGGGUCUUCAUGUCAGAAUUACCAGGUGACCUUGUCCCGCGCUGAAAACUCAACAGGGAAUGCUGGGACAGGAAGUGAUGCAAAACAAAAUUCCCGAAUGGUGCCCAAGAAUGGGAAGGAUGUGUUUCCUCGUCCAUCUCAAAAUCUGUCCCUCUUUGAUCGUAAUGGAUCGCGUAUUCUGCAGACGCCAUCACCAGUAGAGUCGGAACCUGAAACAAGAGAGUCUCUUUCGGUUUCAUUCAGAAAAGAUGAUGCAAGGUCGUUCAGACCAGUUGAUCCCCCUGAGAGACGCACCUCAUCAAGGUCCAAGUCGGGGCAUGGUACAAUUCAUCCUGGGAGAAGAUCGGAAGCUAAACCAAGAGAGCUGAAUAGUUAUGGACAAAUGUACGACAAUGAUGGAUUUCGAAGACCUAGAGAACCCGCCCAAAAGAGAAACAGCACAGAUGAGCAUCGGGCUCAUCGGGGUCAAAGCACAGGUGUUGGUUCUCAUCGGGCCCACAGUACAGACGUUGGUUCUCAUCGAGCCCACAGCAUUGAUGUUGGUUCUCAUCGAACACACAGCACAGACGUUGGUCCUCAUCGAGCCCACAGCACAGACAUUGGUCCUCAUCGAGCCCACAGCAUUGAUGUUGGUUCUCAUCGAACACACAGCUCAGACAUUGGUUCUCAUCGAGCCCACAGCUCAGACGUUGGUUCUCAUCGAGCCCACAGCAUUGAUGUUGGUUCUCAUCAAGAACUUCAGCAGGUGAGAGACUCCUCACUGCCUCCAGCAGUGUCGAAGAGACGUCCACAACUGUCCCUGCUACGACGAAGCAUGGAGGACGAAUUUUCAACCCCCAAACCCUUAGAACCCUUUUCAUACAAAGGCAUGAGCAAGGCUCAGUCUGAGAUGGCCUUGAACGUGUUAGCUGACUUUGAGAACAACCAGGAGGGGAGACGGCAGGUGAUGGAAGAUGCAGGAAGAUCUCCAGGAAGUGUUCGGAUCCAAUAUAAAUAUACCCCUCUCCGACAAAGUCUGAAAGUAGGAUCGCCGUCCACAAGUUUAAUCUCCAACCACAGUUUAUCUGAAGGAGAUUUGAGAAUAGCGGAACCAGAUGAACCAGUGCUUAAUUUUCAGUUCAUGGGAUUAGGAAAGCCUUCUCCACGUAAAUUCAACCCUGUGCCUGAAAGAUUAGAGAGUGAAAGUGGAUAUCACACUCCGAAAAAGUCACCUAAAAACUUGUUUGGGAAUAAAAUGGCUCGCUCUCUUGAGAAUUUGUCAGUAUUGGGGUUGACUCUCGAAGAGCAGACACUUGAAGAGGAAUUUACUCCUUUGGCCUCACUGAAAUCGGACAAUGACUCGAGUGGCUUCCGUGCAUUCGAGCGUGUGGGAGAGUUUCCCCCUCAGUUGGACAAGGGGAGACAACUGAGGGAUGGACAGUCGGACAAAGGGAGACAAGUGAGGGAGACACAGUCCUACCAAACUAAGGGCAUGACUCAUGGUGGAGAUCCUCAAGUGACCAGUAACCAAUCAGCAUCAAGAAUUACAUCUCGAACAAAUGGGACUCACAGUUAUAGAGAUUUCCACAAGGGGAGGCAACUCCAAAUGUCCAGAGACGAUUCUGGCAGAGAGAGUUUUCAGACUCCACCAGUUAAUGUUUCAGUUCGUGUUUCAAAGCGCUGAUUGAAAAAUAAUUUUUUCUCAUGAUUUUCAAAUAUUGGCCAGUGCUUUGGUUUAAGAAAUCUGCAUGUUGAUGUUUUUAAAAACAACAUGUCAAUUUUAACUAUUGUCACUCCACUUAUACUUUCUUUUGAUAUCCUAAAUUCUGAACCAUUUUCAGACUUUAUUGUCCCAAACAAGGUAGGGCCAGCAUCAGAUACAUAGAAUGGUCUUCAAUACACUUGCAACAGAAGUGGGUAUUUUUUUUAUUAUAAUGGUGGAGUGUUUUGGAUAGUAAGGUGAUAGUCACACCACCUGAGAGCAGGAAUUAGGGUUUAUGUUUCCUUGGGUAGACUGAUCGACUCACACAGUGCUAUGCAAAAUAGUGGGAAAAUAUUCAUGUUUGUAAAAAGAAAUCAUAUUUUAACCUACCAAAGAUACAUGUUAGUAAGAACAUCUGUCCACAUUAUAAUAGACAUUUAGCCUUUGACAACCAUAAUUUCAUCUGUGUCAUUUUGAGUCUUGUGUCGUUUUUAGGGGUAGACCCGUUGGUCACAUCUCAGGGAUGAGAAUAGAUAUUUUCCUUUUCAGCUGAAACAUCUUUGCAAUGAAGCGUGGUCGAUAUUUUUGGGGUGUUUUGUGGGGAAGCCAUCAGAUUUUAACAAAUUUGUGGUCACUAAAAUUUGCUGUAAAUUCGCGGAUGCGUGGAAUAUUCUCAUCCCUGAUAACUAAUUUAGUCCUCUGCCCAUUCCAGUGGUUACACUACAAGUAUAGCUAAUGUUCACAUUUCUUUUUAACUGUGCAGGCAUUCGUUCUUACUUUUAUAUGUUCGAGUAAGGAACUGCAGUGUAUACAUGACCAGAUCGUUUUAUACAUGUAUCUGGUAAAACAAUUCCCAUUCAGACAUUUUGUACCCAACUCUUGAAACAUAAAGCGGGUAUCCGGUAAGGCUGGGUAACUGGGUGUCGGGUCCCCGUGUAGUAAAUUUGGACUCGCCCCAGCCCUAAUGGUGUUUGUAUAUUUGGUACUAUAAUGUAUAUACUGUUAUAGCUGUAUGUAUAUUUUGUACUAUGAUGUAUAUACUGUUAUAGCUGUAUGUGAUAUUCACAUGCAUUUAAUGAUUGGAGGGGGAUAAACACUAAAAACAAUUGAUUCUCAGUGAACUUUUACAAUGUUGAUAUUCAGUAAGAGGAUUAUGUUGAAUAUGGUAGUUCAAUUUUUUAUUACAAGAAACAUGUAUUCUGUUCGAGUUUCAUGUUAUGAUCAGAAGUGUUACCUAGUACAUAUUAUGUAUAUUUCAUAUUGAAUAAAUUGUAUUCAGCCUGUUAGUCAUAAAUUAUGAAUUUAUAGAUUAGCAGAUUCCGUCCAAGUAACGAUCUUGAUUAUCAUCAGAUAUGAUACUCCAAAACAAUACAUCUCUAUGUCAGUACUGACAAAUCAUGUCAUCACAUCAAUUCAGAACAGGAUAUCUGAUUACUGCAUCUUAAAAUUGAAAUUAAAUGGUCAGUUCUAAAUGGAAAAUCUUCACACAGAGAUGUAACUAUCGGAGUAAAAGAUCUGAUUAUUCAAAGAUUUGCCUUAAAGAUCUGAUGUUUAAAAUUGUGUUGUACAUGAAUGGCAAAUGCUUUAAUGUUGUCAAACCCAAGAAUUACAGGACAGGUACAUCAUUGGUUCUGUAGGCAUUGGGCAUUUGUGAAGUUAACUUGAAGCUUUCAGUAAUACUUUUACAUGCUAACUGAUUAUUUAUUUCUCUGUUUUGCCCACAUAUGUGAGAGGCCGUUGGGUAGCCCAGUGGUUAAAGCAUUCGCUUGUCACGCCGAAGACCGGGGUUCGAUUCCCGACAUGGGUACAAUGGUGUCCCCCACAGUGAUAUUGCUGGAAUAUUGCUAAAAGCGGUGUAAAACCACACUCACUCACCCACAUAUGUGCUGUGAAUCUCUUUGUAUUUUUCUACAUGUCCAGUAACACCAUAAAUAAAAUGAUUCAUAUGA